AUGAUGUGGUCAAAUCAAACUGAGUUAAAUGAAUUCAUCCUUUUGGGUUUUUCUAGCCUAGGCCAGCUCCAGAUUCUCCUCUUUGUUGUGUUUCUUCUUAUCUACAUAGUGACUCUGAUGGGAAACACCCUUAUCAUCUUAAUAACAAGAAUGGACAUUGCCUUGCAAAAUCCUAUGUACUUCUUUCUCCAGAAUCUGGCCUUUGCAGAAGUUGGCUUUAUAACAACUAUUGUUCCAGAGAUGCUGGUGAACCUUUUGCCCCAGAAAAAGACCAUUUCCGUGUCAGGAUGCAGGGCACAGAUCUUUGGUGUAGUCUACUUUGUUACUAUGGAGUGUUUCCUAUUCAUAGUCAUGGCCUAUGACCGCUUUGUCACCAUAUGCAAUCCUCUACGAUAUGCUAUCAUAAUGGGCAGGAAGUUCUGCAUGCUUUUGGUGACAGCAGUGUGGACCUCGGGAAUCCCUGUUGGAACAACAUUGAUUAUUUGGCUGUUUAGUUUCCCAUUCUGUGGGUCCAAUACAGUUCCCCAUUUCUUCUGUGAUGCUCCACCAAUUCUACAGCUUGUCUGCGGAGACACUUCCAAUGUGGAACUAUUUUCUCUUAUAGGUACACUUAUAAUUAUACUCUGUCCCUUCUUACUGAUUCUGGUCUCUUAUACCUAUAUUAUCGGCACCAUCUUAAGAAUGCCUUCAGCUGAGGGGAGACGGAAAGCCUUUUCCACUUGCUCUUCACAUAUCAUUGUAGUGACUCUGUUUUAUGGCUCAACCAGUCUGACUCACUUUCGACCCAAAUCAAGCUACUCCGCAGGAACCAGACAACUACUUUCUUUGUCCUACACUGUUUUCACACCCAUGCUGAAUCCUCUUAUCUAUACCUUGCGGAACAAGGAAGUGAGGGGUGCCAUGAAUCGAUUGCUGCAGAGAUCAGUCCCC